UGCCUCUCCAAAACGGACCAAUCGGAGAAGAAACCGGUGACGUCAGCCCUCACAUAUAAGCCAAAUUCGCGGGCAACUGCGGUGCAGUCGCGACAUCACGAGGACAUCGUCUACAGUACCUCGGGAGACCGACAGUGAACCUUUCACUUUAUCAAAAUGCGUGAGUGUAUCUCAAUCCACGUAGGGCAGGCCGGUGCCCAGAUGGGCAAUGCCUGCUGGGAGCUUUACUGCUUGGAGCACGGAAUCCAGCCUGAUGGUCAGAUGCCCUCCGACAAGACCAUCGGUGGUGGCGAUGAUUCCUUCAACACUUUCUUCAGCGAGACUGGGUCGGGCAAGCAUGUUCCCCGAGCAGUGUUCGUAGAUCUGGAGCCAACUGUUAUCGACGAGAUCAGAACUGGCGUGUACAGACAACUGUUCCACCCCGAGCAGCUCAUUACUGGUAAGGAGGAUGCUGCCAACAACUACGCUCGUGGCCACUACACCAUUGGAAAGGAGAUUGUGGAUAUUGUUCUGGACCGUAUUCGCAAGCUGGCAGAUAACUGCACUGGCCUUCAGGGUUUCCUCAUCUUCCACUCCUUCGGUGGUGGCACCGGCUCAGGCUUCACUUCCCUGCUCAUGGAAAGGUUGUCUGUUGAUUAUGGUAAGAAGAGCAAGCUCGAGUUCGCCAUCUACCCCGCACCGCAGGUCGCCACAGCUGUCGUCGAGCCCUACAACUCCAUUCUGACCACCCACACGACUCUGGAACAUUCCGACUGUGCCUUCAUGGUUGACAACGAAGCAAUCUAUGAUAUCUGUCGCAGGAAUCUGGACAUUGAGCGCCCAACUUACACCAACCUGAACCGCCUGAUAGGCCAGAUCGUGUCCUCCAUCACAGCUUCCCUACGUUUCGAUGGUGCCUUGAACGUUGACCUGACCGAGUUCCAGACCAACUUGGUGCCCUACCCCAGGAUUCACUUCCCCUUGGUGACUUACGCUCCCGUCAUCUCUGCGGAAAAGGCCUACCAUGAGCAGCUGUCAGUGUCUGAGAUCACCAAUGCUUGCUUCGAGCCUGCUAACCAGAUGGUGAAGUGCGAUCCUCGUCACGGCAAGUACAUGGCCUGUUGCCUGUUGUACCGUGGUGACGUGGUGCCCAAGGACGUGAACGCCGCUAUCGCAACCAUCAAGACCAAGAGGACCAUUCAGUUCGUGGACUGGUGUCCCACUGGGUUCAAGGUGGGUAUCAACUACCAGCCACCCACUGUGGUGCCUGGUGGCGAUCUGGCCAAGGUGUCCCGUGCCGUGUGCAUGCUGUCCAACACCACUGCCAUCGCUGAGGCCUGGGCACGCCUUGACCACAAGUUUGAUCUGAUGUACGCCAAGCGCGCCUUCGUGCACUGGUACGUUGGUGAGGGUAUGGAGGAGGGCGAGUUCACAGAGGCUCGUGAAGAUCUUGCUGCCCUGGAGAAGGACUACGAGGAGGUGGGCGUCGACUCUGCUGACGCAGAAGGCGAGGAGGAGGGAGAAGAGUACUAAUUCUCAUACAUUCCUUCUGAAACUGUCACUUCAAAUAAAUAAUGAAACCUA